AUGACGACGACCGCGCUAACGGCGGUCAUCUUCCUCGUCUGCAUCGCGAGCGCCCUCUGCGGCGGCGGCGGCGGCGGCGGCGGCGGUCACAUCCGUGGGGGAGGCUUCAGCGGCGGCUACGGCUACGGGGGAGGAGGUUUCGGGUUAGGCGGCGGAGGAGGAGGAGGAGGAGGUUACGGACACGGAGGCUUCGGAAACCUUGGCUACGGCGGCAUCGGUCUGAACAACUUCGGCGGAGAAUACGUCGACGUUGACGGAUUUAACUUCAACCAGGGCCGUGCCGACGCCGCCGCCGCCGCUCCGUACGGCUCGCAGACGAAGUCGAAACCGGCCGUCGUCGGCAGCCGAUACCGAUCCGGAACGGCGAGCCAGUACGAGAGCAGCGAGGCGGAGAGAAGCGGAUACGGAUCCGGGCGGGCGGGUGUUGCGAUCAGCGCUGCACGCAAGGCGAAGCAGAACGCCGUCCAGCAGUUCAGUCAGAAGGCGAGCGGCUACGGCUCUGCACGCGCCGGAGCCGCGUACGGCUUCCAUAAGUAUCCGGAUGUGAAGUACGAUCCCGUCUACACGAAGUCGCAUCCAGUCAAGUACGGUCCGACGAAGAAAGGCUACGGACAUGGCGGAGGAGGGGGAGGAGGAGGCGGUUACGGAGGAGGAGGUCACGGAGGAGGAGGUUUCGGAGGAGGAAUAUGA